CUUUGACGAUAUAAGCGGUUUUGAAAUCGGUCGUGUAUUUCUUGGAUGUCUCCCGAAGUUACAUUUUUAAUUAUUAUAAUGUAGAUUAUCGCUAUUUUAAGAUGUAAAGGUGUCGAUGAUCUUUUUCGAAACGAAGUUCCGCUUCUCGACUUCGACCCAUAGACAUCGCAGGAUAAAAAUGCGACGAGGCGACUUGUAUUUCAUUCUAGUCCGUCGAUCCUCGAUUCUUCUUAUGUAACACGAAUCGGUCAACUUGCGUAGCUAGUGCACUGUAUGUAUAAUGUAUAGUGUGCUAAGCAUAGAACGCUCGCGGGAUAUUAGAUAUCUCGAUAGCAGUGGCCCGUCAAGGCGUUCGAACUUGCUUGACUCACUGUGACGAGUGAAUGUGAGGAUUUGCGGAUGAUAAGAAUAAUCCCGAUUUAAUUGCCUUUAUUUUCGACCGUUGCCCCCGCUGGUAUUAAGUUAAUAGCUUAUUUAGAAACUUUAACGCGUUCGUUUCCUUCUUUCGACAUUAUUCAAGCGUUUACGAUCCUAAUUCGUAGGAAUUCGAAUUUUUCCGAUUCUUGGUGCGCGAGUAAGUUUAGGAGUGAGCUUUUGUGAGUUUCGAAUAUUUUAGAAUUUGAUUGACUGCAUAAGAAUGAUUUCGUAUAGUGGUGGAUUUUGAAACGUUCAGGUGUUUGGAAAUUUAUAUGAUACUUCAUCACUGUAUCGAGACCAGCAUCGUUCGUAUCACGUUUCACCAUCGAGUUAGAGCCUGUUUACUGCUAUUCCAUUUUUCAUCCGUCAGUAGUUUUUACAAUUUUUUGGGCAAGAGUGAGCAUCGAUUCUGGCAUGUGAUUCUUGUAAACACAACUAUAGAAAUGGUAGUUAAGUUUGUUUCCCUUGCUGAAUAUCAUCAUAAAUAUUCUAUUUUCGGUAUAUUUUACAUAUUUUUACAUAUUAUAUACUUUCCAUAUAUUUUUUCAUCUCUAAAUUUCUCGAAUUUUGAUGUUGAUACAAGAUGGAUCUUAUUAUAAUCUCUGAACUCGAUGAUAAUAUAUUAAUAAAUAUCACAAUCUUCCAUUUUCAUGAUUAAAGAAUUAAAGGUAAAGGAAAUAAUAGUUUUUAACGUUCUCAAACAAUGAGAAAUAGUAUUAAUAACUUUCUGACGAAGGGAUGCAGCGUAGAGAGCGACAGGAAGCAUCUUGCUGUGCAUUGAUAGAAAGAGGGUGCCCAACAGGAUAGGAAGUUCCGAUUUGCGUCGAUUCCUCCGCGGUAAACCGAGUCGACUCGAACCGAACGGAGUCGAGCUGCGAAACUCGCCAGUUGUCCACGCCAGUUCACUUUUGUUCGCCAUUGUGAUCAUCAACACACUACGAGUAUUUUUCUCGAGAUUUCUUUUUGUCGUUCGCUAGUGAGAUUUUGUCGUUCGCCAGUGAGAUUUUGUCGUUCGCCAGUGAGAUUUUGUCGUUCGCCAGUGAGAUUUUGUCGUUCGUCAGUGAGAUACUGUCGUUCGGACUAUGUACGCGGAUAGAGGAGUUAAUGAAAGGACGUCGCUCACGAGACCUCUGGAUUCCCCGGACUAUGUGGAAUUCGCGAGCCUGCUGAGGACCCGGAAGACUCGAAUCAGACAGUUUCAGUGCUGCAUCUGUGCCGCUUUAAUAGCGAUCUUCACCAUGGCCCUCAUAGUGACAGUAAGCUACUCCGUGAGCCAUGAUAUGAUAGACGUCGGUCCAAACUUCACUACCUCUUCCUCCGAGUCUACCAUCAAUCUCACAGGCACUUUAAAAUUGGGCCUUGCUCCUGGAUCUGGGUCUUACACCCUCUUCAGCAAUCCUUCUAUCGUCCCACCUUCUAAUUCUAUCUUUGUGUCUGACAAAAACACAAAAGAUACCGCUACGCCAAAAUUAACAGACGAUGAGAUAAAGAUAGGGCUGGAAGCAGGUCGCCAAGCAGUAAAUGAGCGACUUUUUGCAGACGCCACUGCGUUGAUGUCUCCAUUACCCUCAUCAUCGCCUGAAAUGAGACAUCGUUACGCAGUAAGCACUUGCACAAGCGUUGGAACACUAGCUUUAGCGGCUGUAGCAGAACUUGCUGCGACUAAAAGAAUCGAAAGUUCAAGGACGAUCUUUGGAGCAUCUUCUGCUAUUGGAAGCUUCUUUGACGCAGGCUGGCAGUUUCUGGGUAUUUGCAAGCAACUCACCACUCCAGAAUGUCCAUCUAGUAAAUAUAGAACCUUCGAUGGAAGUUGCAAUAGACCAAUGCAAUGGGGAGCCACCAUGACACCAUUCAGAAGAAUUCUAGCGCCUAACUAUGCCGAUGGUGUCGAAGCUCCUCGUAGAGCAGCUACAGGAGCCGAGUUACCCUCAGCAAGGGAAGUUAGUUUGAAGGUUCACAAGCCUUCACCAAGUAGCAAUCCUCAUUUCACAGUGAUGUUAGCUGUUUAUGGACAAUUUUUGGAUCAUGAUAUCACCGCUACUGCGAUCAGUCAGGGUAUCAAUGGUACUUCUAUCUCUUGUUGUCCACCAUCUGUUGGCCAUCCUGAGUGUUUUCCUGUUUCUGUAUCUUCUGGAGAUCCUGUUUUCGAUGUAGCUGGGAGAACGUGUAUGGAUUUCGUCAGAUCUGCACCCGCACCCCAGUGCAAACUGGGCCCCAGGCAACAGUUGAAUCAGGCGACUGCGUUUAUUGAUGGCUCAGCGAUCUACGGAUCUGAUCAGAAUACAGCUCGUAAGUUGCGAGAAUUUUCUGGCGGUCGACUGAGGAUGCAGUUGACUCCGGACAAUCGAACUCUCUUACCACCUAGCAUGAAUCCUAACGACGGCUGUAAUCGUGAAACUGAGAAGUUGAGAGGCAGGUACUGCUUCGCAGCAGGCGACGCCAGGGCAAACGAGAACCUGCACUUGACGACGAUGCAUCUGCUCUGGGCGCGACAGCACAAUAGAAUCACUGAGCAGUUGACUAAGAUCAACCCUUCUUGGAAUGACGAAACGCUAUACGAAGAGUCUCGACGUAUAGUGGGUGCUCAACUGCAACAUAUUACCUAUCAGGAAUUCAUACCUAUCAUCUUAGGAGAGCAAGAAACGAAUCUACGUGAUUUGAAGCCUCUCAGGUCUGGCUAUAGACAGUGGACCGUAGAUGACUCUAAUACUGACCCAAGUAUAGCUAAUAGUUUUGCAGCAGCUGCCUUUAGGUUUGCUCAUACUUUGUUACCUGGCUUAAUGAAAAUGACUGACGAGCAAGAAGGAACCUCUUCUUAUGUAGAACUGCACAGAAUGUUGUUCAAUCCAUAUAGUUUGUAUGCAGAGGGUGGAGUGAAGAAUUCAGUAAACUCAGCUACGAGAAAUAUGAUUCAGAUGACAUCUACUCAUGUCACUUCUCAAUUGACCAAUCACUUGUUCGAAGAUCCUAUUGCUAAUGUUACUGUUCCCUGUGGCUUGGAUUUGGUAUCGUUAAAUAUUCAGCGUGGGAGGGAUCAUGGACUUCCUGGUUACACUAAAUGGAGGGAAUAUUGUGGAUUGGGGAAAUUAAAAAGUUUCUCUGAUUUAGAAGGACACCUGGAUCCGCAGGCCCUUCAAGAGAUUUCCUCGUUGUAUGAGUCGAUUUAUGAUGUUGAUUUAUAUACUGGAGCUUUGGCUGAAUUACCUAGGGCUGGUGGUAUCGUUGGUCCCACUUUUACGUGUCUGAUCGCUGAUCAAUUUGUUAGGUUGCAGAGAGGGGAUAGGUUUUGGUAUGAAAUACCUGGACAACCGCAUUCGUUCACAGAAGACCAGCUUACAGAAUUACGUAAAACCUCAUUGGCGAGGUUGAUCUGUGACUGUUCCGACGGUGUAAUACAAACUCAGGUGGAAGUGAUGCGAGCAACAAGUGCAGAGAACCCCAUGAUGUCCUGUGAAGACAUCCCAGGGCCAUCCUUCGAACCAUGGAGAGAAUACGACUCAACAUCCCCCAAAUUACAAGUUCCUUUCAUGUCAGUCAGUUGGACGCUAUUAAAGAACAAUAUUAACGACACAAUCAGAGAUGUCGUGACCUAUAUCAACAGUUCUAGGACUAUGAUGGACACUGACUGGUUAGCCUUCAAGAAUUACAUAAACGAUACAUUCUCUGAUCUUCAAAACCAAUUAUCUGGUUUGCAUCCCGUGGAGGUAGAUGAUCCUACGUCCAUGGAAAAAUUAUCAAUGGAUUCUGAUAGUCUUAUUUUAAGAGCACCACAAUCACCAAAUAUGUAUCAAGAUUGGAUCACAUUUAAGAAUAACCUGGUAAUGUCAUUGAAUGAUUCCAUGCACAUGAUGGGUGGCGGACCAGCUGCAGUGACCAAAUGGAUAGCUUUUAAACAGAAUAUUAUCGAUCAAUUCGCUGAUUUAAAGAACCGCAUCUCGUCUUUGAAGGCAGAUAUUACUCCGAAAUUAGAGACGAAGAAGAAAGAGCAAGAACAAGCUUUGUUGAAUAAGAAUAAAUUAAUAGGGACUUCGAGUAUCAAGAAUGCUAUGAUUCCAGAAAUUUUUGAUUGGAAAAACUUUAAGGAUAAUAUUAUAUCCUCUUUAGAUGAUAGUAUUAUGAAUAUAGGCGACGAUAUGCCCUCUCCUGGUGAUCCAGCUUGGGCUACUCUAGGAGAUGAUAUUAAAGACCGACUUUCUGCUUUUAGGGACAAGAUCGAUAGUAGUAGAUCUACUAUAGUUCCUAUUGAAUUAGCCACGGGGAAAUCAGAUACUAAUGACGAUUGGAUAAAUUAUAAACCUGAUACAAUUAAGACUGUAAACAAUGUUGUGAAUAAGAUUAAGAACGAAAUGCUACCACCAGCUGAUCCAGCAUGGGCUACGUACAGGGAUGAGAUUAUGAAAAGUUCCUCUGCUUUCAAGAGCAUUCCAGCACCUAUAGAACUCGCAACAUUAUCCACCAUAAAUAAAAUUUCUCAACGUGAAUAUCUAGGAACUUCUUUAGCAGCCAAAUUUAGUAAUAUGGAAUUAUCUAAUUUGACUGAUGAUUGGUUACAAUUCAGAGCUCAAGUCAACGAUUCCUUAAGUAAAGUGAUUCAGAACAUUCAGAGCAAGGAACCAACAGAGAUUGAUCCUAUUGCUUGGGCUGUUUUCAAAGAUUCCACUAAGUCUGAUUUCGCAAAGUUAAAAGAUAAAAUUGGAAGUAUUAAGGCUGAAUGGAUUACAGAAAUAAGCAAAUUACAACCAAAUAAAAGUUCUUCGAAUCUCCAAGCUAAGUUUAACAAACCUGAAGACUCGUCUAAGUCUGAUUAUACUAAAUUUAUUAAACCUGUCAUUCCUCCUGAUGAAUGGGUCGACUUUAAGAAACAAAUUAACGAUACUGUGAUGAAUAUUCUUAAUACUGCGAAUACAACAGAUAGAUUUAACCUUGAUGAUCUCCACGAAAUGUUCAACGAAUCUUUCACCGAUCUGAAGAACGAAAUAUCAGCUCUGAGGAGUUUGGUCAAGGAUACUUAUAAUAACAAAACUGCAGCUGAUUGGAUUAACUUCCAAACAAAGUUGAAUUUUACAGUGAAGGAUCUAAUGGAUAGUUUAAAGAAAGAAGCUCAGCUAGAAACAGGGAAUGUGACGAGGAUUUUGUUCGAAGCUAAAGACAAGUUGUCUGAUCUUGAACCACCAGUGAAUUCAGGCCUGACUUCGCCCACAAAAUGGAUUCAAUACGCUUUACGAAUAAAUAAAACAAUUUCAGAUGCUUUAGAAGGCAUCGACAGUCAGAAACACGCAGCACUGAUGAUUAGUGCCGCUAAACCAGAACCAUCAUCAUCAGAUAAUCCUAAAAAACUUACGAAUUGGUUGAUUGUUCCUUGUCUUGCGAGUUCGCUCCAUGUGUUCACUGUGGUAUCAAGGCUUCAAACUCGCAUGUAAAGAAAUUACAACUUUUUUUUUAUUAUGCUUGUUGUAUAUAUUCUAUUAUUUAUAGAAAUGAACUUUUAUUACACACUAACAAAGAGAUAAGUAUAGAAGGAAGGAAUCAAAAGGAAAGUGAGUGUGUCAUUGGAACUGACAUGCCUUUUCAAUGAUCGCGCUUGAAACAUUAAUCCUAAUUAAUUAACAACAAUAACAAUGAUAAUAAUAAUUAAUAUGAAUCUA